CGAAGUAAACAAACAAGGUUGCCAAGCGCAUGGUCGGUCUAGUGCGGAACGGGAAUAGCGUCAUUCCAUCUCACAUGUGACGGACACUUAAUUCACCACCUUGACCGGCAACGUCUAGUCUAUGAUUUCCUAUGACCUGUUUAACAAUGUUCGAAAAUAUAGAAUGCAACCCAAGAGUAGAUGUCGUUGCCAGAAUUUGGACAGGUGAGAUCCGUCGGCAGGUACGAGGUGACUCAGGAUCGAUCUUUGUCGGAACCUCUGAUGCUCAGUGUACCACAGCAUGCAUUCAAAUGAAAAGACCACCCACCUGGUCCUCAAUAUCUAUUAGGUCCCACGAUCGCACUGCAACAGGGAUUGUAAGAAUCGGCGGUUAUAUCGAAUCCAACGAGAGGUCCAAAUCGCUCCAUACACGUAUUCAUUCGACCCCUCUCCGUUGGAAGCCUGCGGUGUCCAGGUACCGCCCAACUAGACUAAUGUCUGUGUUGAGGGUUACUGUAACAGAAUGUACCUGCAUUGCACCACCAUGCCAUUUUAUCAUCCAAUUCAAUUCACUAAUAAAUCCUUUUACUGUGUAUGCUCGGGGAGAAGCCGAAGGAGAUAUAUGUGGGUUUUUGAACGCCUGCCGACGAAGACGAACCAGAGCCUUUACCUCAGGGAAAGGACAACUCAACAUCUGAGCCCUGCCAAAUUCUCAACAGCACGAGAAUUUUG